GCGAAUUUCCCGGGGCUCGACAAUUUUUUUGCACCUACCCAGUCCGAAUUCUCUGCGCGAUACAAACAAGGAACACAGCACGUGUCGGCGACUUCCGAAAGUUUUGCGCUUGUUAUGUAGCCGUCGCGACGCCUCCAGACGUUGCCCGAAAGUCGUGAAACUUUAUCUAUCAGUAGCGUUCCGGGCGCCCGUCGAUCCGCCUGCGAAGCGUCGCGUGCUCGGAAAACCGGAGGAAAACAACCCGCCGGAAAAGUCGAAUUCGCCGAGGAAUUUAAUUAGCGCCGUUCGCGGAAAGUUUAUUAGAGUAGGUAAUUCGUUGCGAAACUUUUAUAUUAAUAUAUCUUCCUCUCGCGGCGGUAUCUUCGUCGGUGUUUGCUUUCGUGAUAGGGUUGCCGGAUAAUUUUUUUAUCGGAGUUCGUUGGGUUGUUAGGAUAUACUAACAUUUCCAUCAAGUUUAUUCGAUAGAAGUUCCGCCUUCGGUGAGAUGCUAGGUGGCCGGAGCGAGGGCUCCCCGUCGCCAUGAGCAGCAGAUGGGAGCGAUUGGGAGCAGCUAUCGGGCUCGUCGCCGGCGUCCUGGCCGUCGUCCGAGCGGCCGCCUCUUCCCUGCCGCCCGCCGUCAAAAUAGGUGCGAUUUUCACCGAGCAGGAAAAAAACGGCCCCAACGAGCUGGCAUUCAAAUACGCCAUCCAUAAAAUCAACAAAGACAAAACGCUGCUCCCGUACACAUCCCUCGUGUACGACAUCCAAUACGUGCCUCGCGACGACAGUUUCCACGCCAGCAAAAAAGCCUGCCAGCUGGUGCAGUACGGGGUGCACGCGAUUUUCGGCCCCUCGGAUCCCCUGCUAGGUGCUCACAUCCAUUCGAUAUGCGACGCGCUGGACAUCCCUCACAUCGAGGCCCGGCUGGACGUCGACGCCGACGUCAGGGAGUUCUCCAUCAAUCUCCAUCCCACGCAAUAUUUGCUCAACAACGCCUUCCAGGACGUCAUGGCGUUCCUCAACUGGACGAGGAUAGCCGUCAUCUACGAGAAGGAUUACGGUCUGCUGAAGCUCAGGGAAUUGGUGGGAUCCUCGCAGAACGGCGGCCUGGAAAUCCAUCUGCGCCGGGCCAGCCCCGAUUCCUACGAGGACGUGCUGAUGGAGAUCAAGAAUAAAGAAAUCCGCAACAUCGUCAUCGAUACGAAACCCGUGAAUUUGCGGCACUUCUUGAAAGGCAUCCUGCAGCUGCAAAUGAACGACUACAAAUACCACUACCUGUUCACCACUUUCGACUUGGAGGCCAUCGAUUUGGAGGAUUUCAAAUACAACUUCGUCAACAUCACGGCCUUCCGCAUCGUCGACAACGAGGACGUGGCCGUGAAGGAGACGAUCAGGAACAUGCUCAAGUUCCAGCCCAACAGGGAGCUCCGCGCGUCGAACGGGACUUACAUACAAGCCGAGCCGGCUCUAAUAUAUGACUCUGUUUACGUCUUCGCUGUGGGGCUGCAGACUUUAGAGCAGUCCCAUACGUUGAAACUGUCGAAUUUAUCCUGCGACAAGGAACAACCUUGGGACGGCGGCCUCAGCCUCAUCAAUUACAUUAAUUCGGUGGAAAUCAAGGGGUUGAGCGGACCGAUUGAAUUCAAAGAAGGCCGCCGCAUCCAAUUCAAAUUAGACCUGCUCAAGCUCAAGCAACCCUCUUUGGUAAAAGUAGGCGAAUGGCAACCGGGCAACGGGGUUAAUAUCACCGAUAGAGCGGCUUUUUUCGAUCCCGGCACGAUGAACGUCACUUUAGUCGUUACCACUAUACUGGAAAUGCCCUACGUGAUGAUGCACACGGCGAAGAAUUUCACCGGCAACAGUCGAUUUUACGGUUUCUGCAUCGACAUCCUGGACAGGAUUUCCCAGGAAGUCGGAUUCGAUUAUUUGCUUGAUUUGGUGCCAGACAGGAAGUACGGCGCUCGGGAUCCGAACACCGGCUUAUGGAACGGAAUGGUUUUGCAGUUGAUGCAGCACAAAGCCGAUUUGGCGGUGGGAUCGAUGACAAUCAACUACGCCCGGGAAAGUGUCAUAGACUUCACGAAACCCUUCAUGAAUCUCGGCAUCAGCAUUCUUUUCAAGGUGCCCAGCAGCCGCCAGGCCAAGUUGUUCUCCUUCAUGAAUCCCCUGGCGACGAACAUAUGGCUGUACGUGCUCUCCGCCUACGUCCUGGUGUCCAUCACCAUGUUCGUGGUGGCCAGGUUCUCGCCCUGCGAAUGGCAGAACCCGCACCCCUGCGAGAUCGACAACGAACUGGUCAAGAACCAGUUCUCGCUGGCCAAUUCCUUCUGGUUCACCAUCGGCACGCUCAUGCAGCAGGGGUCCGAUUUGAAUCCCAAGGCUACGUCGACUCGAAUUGUAGGGGGUAUUUGGUGGUUCUUCACUUUGAUCAUUAUAUCUUCGUACACGGCGAACUUGGCUGCUUUCCUGACGGUCGAAAGGAUGAUCACUCCCAUAGAGAACGCCGAGGAUUUGGCGGCGCAAACGGAAAUUCCUUACGGCACCUUGGAGAGCGGAUCUACCAUGACUUUUUUUAGAGAUUCGAUGAUCGAAACGUACAAGAAAAUGUGGCGAUUCAUGGAGAACAGAAAACCUUCGGUGUUCGUGCCGACGUACGAAGAGGGAAUCCAGAAGGUCCUGGACGGGAAUUACGCCUUCCUGAUGGAAUCCACGAUGCUCGAUUACAUCGUCCAGAGGAACUGUAAUCUAACGCAAAUCGGGGGACCUCUCGAUUCCAAAGGGUACGGGAUAGCGACGCCGAAGGGCAGCCCGUGGCGCGACAAAAUAUCCCUGGCCAUCCUGGAGCUGCAGGAGAAAGGCGAGAUACAGAUGCUGUACGACAAAUGGUGGAAGAACACCGGAGACACCUGCCAAAGGAACGACAAAGGGAAGGAAUCCAAAGCGAAUUCGCUGGGAGUCGAUAAUAUCGGUGGCGUAUUCGUUGUUCUACUCUGCGGAUUGGCCUUUGCCGUACUCAUAGCUAUAUUCGAAUUUUGCUACAAUUCCAAAAAGAACGCGCUCAAUGAAAAGAGAUCUGCUAGCGUGCCGCAGGAAUCGCUCUGCUCGGAGAUGAAGAGCGAAUUCUGCUUCGCGUUGCGCUGCAGCGGCUCCAGGCAACGACCGGCCCUGCGCAGGAAGUGCUCCAAAUGCUUGAGCGGGGUGUCCUACGUACCGGCCGUGCUGGACGUACCGCCCAAUCCGCCGCAACCGCCGACGAGGGCGCCGCCGCCCGCCGACCAUUCGCCCGCUCUCGGAGCGAGUUUCGACAAUCCUCGAUUGCGAAUUUAAUUAUUCGUUUCGGCGGGAUCCGUUCGAGGAUUGAAUUGUACUCACAGCACAUUGUUAGUGACGAUAUGUAGGUGUUAUUGUAAUUGUACAAGCG